CUGAAUUAUCACAACGUUGACUAUCGGCCAUACCUUGGCCGAUGCUUCCUUCCGUUCCCAACACCAACUACCUCUGUACCUGCCACUUACCGUCUACCACCUGCCGCCUGCCACCUUACCUUACCGUCUAACCUCUACGCUCUUUUGUUCUCUUUUGUUCUCUUUUUUUCCUCUUCUCCUUUCACUGGGAUUAUCACUUUAUCACCACCUACCUACACAACGCGCGCACGCAAGCCUUCACGGUCUCUCUAGUUCUUGCGAAACGACUCAACGACUUCACAGUCUUUGCAUUGUGUCGAACCCCGACUCUCCGAACUAUUAAUCACAUCCAGGCAAAAUGGACCAGGCAGUCAAGAUGGAUCACCGCGAGUUUGAGACUACCAUCAAACAACUUCAGAAAACAGUGGCUCUCAAUGAGGCCGCAAGCAAUGUCUUGGCCAUUCUGGAGCGACUGAAGAAGGAGGCCAUGCCUACCGAGGAUAUGCUUCGUGCCACUCGUGCUGGUGUGUUUGUCACAAAGCUUCGGCAUAACCCAAACAAGGAUAUUGCCCGCAUCGCCGGCGAGCUUGUCGCUAGAUGGAAGAAGCUCGUCGAAACAGAAAAGAACGCUCGCAUGCAAAAGAGGAAGCAGUCCUCCCCCGCGACCCCUUCCCCCUCUCUCUCGACCGCCGCCCUCCCCGCCUCCGGCGCCAAACCCGCCGCCUCCUCCGCGUCGCCAGCCCCGAGCGCGAGCGCGAGCGACGUCUACAAGGGCAACCCCGAGAAGCGGACCCACCAGGUCGACACCAUCGACAUCAAGCGGACGGGCGACGUCACGCGCGACGGCACCAUCGGUCUCCUCUACAACGGCCUCGCCUACCGGUCCACCCUCGCCCCGGAAGCCGUCAUGAAGCGCGCCGUCGAGAUCGAGCUGGCCGGCAUGAAGCACUUUGGCGGCGCCAACGACGCGUACAAGAAGAAGAUGCGCUCCCUGUUCCACAACCUCAAGGUCAAGAGCAACAAGUCGCUGGGCGAGAACGUCAUGUCCGGCAAGAUCACCGCCGACCGCUUCGUGGCCAUGACGCAGGACGAGCUCAAGAGCGACGAGCAGCGCAAGAAGGAAGAGGACCUCCAGCUCGAGAACAUGAAGAAGGCCCACGUCCCCAUGGCCGAGAAGAGCAUCAGCGACGCCCUCAAGUGCGGCAAGUGCGGACAGAAGAAGGUCAGCUACUCGCAGGCCCAGACCCGCAGUGCUGAUGAGCCUAUGACCACCUUUUGCGAGUGUACCGUUUGCGGUAACCGGUGGAAGUUCUCUUGAACAACACGUGCGGAUCAAGUAGUAGGAGGUCAGACGAUGAUCUAGACGAUCAUGAUGACGAACGAAACGAACGUUGCAGCGCCAGCUGCCUGAGGGAAAAUGGAAAAUCCGAGGCGGCUGUUUGCCUUGUGAUUCAGAUAUCUCUGACUCCCUCUUCUUCCCUCCCUCAUUUUUGCCUCUUUUUUUCAUUUCUUCCCCUUUGCUUGUAUUUUGACACGAUUAGGCUGGCGUUUCAUGGCCAGCGGGGAAACACAGGAAAGAGGCGUUGGCAUUCUGCUGGCCGGCAGGCGGUGGAAAAUUUUCUCAUUAUUGAGUCGGGAUUUUCUUUUGCAUCUCGGACUUGGAGACUCUGGGGGGAAUUGAGACCCGACGGCGUGGAGAGGCAGUGGUUCGUCCCCGUCCCUUUUUUUUUUUUUUUUUUUUUUUUU